UACUGCCCCCUCGUGGCCUUCUGGCGGUUUGCAGCCCAGAUCAGGUAGCCGUAGCAGCAGGGCCGCCUCUGCAUUUCCGGGUCUCCCGUGUGGUUCCGCGGAAGUGACGUAAUGGAACGGAAUAACAACAGCCGCCGCUUGGGUGACACUGUGAAGAAUGAACCGAGGCUACGCGACUGAAAGAUGUCGAGGGGGAGGAGGAGAAGCUCGGCGGCCUGUGGAAGUCAAGCGGGAGAGGUGAUGAGUAAUAGCCUCUGUCCCAUAGUGGAAUCGCUGGUGCCGAAGAUUUAGACCGGAGAAACCCGGGUUGUCCUAGCAGGGGUCUGCGAACGUGAGCAGAGCUGGGCUUGGGUCAGACCAAAAGCCUUUCGGGGCCAGCAAGUUGUUCCUGCUGCAGCUCGCUGGACGCUGGUUCUGGAGAUUGUUAGAAAUCUCAACCACUGACACUGAAAAAGAGAAUACAUCAGAUACUUUAAGAAACAGGUUACAUAAUUGAAAUUCAGAACAUGGAGUCUUCAACCAAUCUAGAUGUUGAUGCCCAACUAAUUGUGGAAGAUUGUGCUGGCACCUUUAGCCUGUCUCAUAUGCCAGAUAUUAAAGUUGAACAUCACCUUGAGUCCAGUGUGGAAGAAGGACCAGCUCAGAGUGUUGCCAUGGGAAUGAAAUUCAUUUUGCCCAAUAGAUUUGAUAUGAAUGUGUGUUCUCGAUUUGUCAAGUCAUUGAAUGAAGAGGAUAGUAAAAACAUUCAAGAUCAAGUGAACUCUGACCUUGAAGUGGCAUCAGUAUUAUUUAAAGCUGAGUGCAAUAUCCACACUUCUCCUUCUCCUGGGAUUCAAGUAAGACAUGUCUAUACCCCAUCAACUACUAAGCAUUUUUCACCUAUCAAGCAGUCAACCACCUUAACUAACAAGCACAGAGGAAAUGAAGUCUCUACAACGCCUUUGCUUGUAAACUCUCUGUCUGUUCACCAGUUGGCAGCUCAGGGAGAAAUGCUGUAUUUAGCUACACGCAUAGAACAAGAAAAUGUAAUCAACCAUGUGGAUGAAGAAGGCUUUACUCCUCUAAUGUGGGCUGCAGCUCAUGGGCAAAUCGCAGUAGUAGAAUUUCUACUCCAAAAUGGUGCAGACCCACAAAUCUUGGGGAAAGGGCGAGAGAGUGCACUGUCAUUAGCAUGUAGUAAAGGGUAUACAGACAUUGUCAAGAUGCUGCUUGAUUGUGGAGUUGAUGUAAAUGAAUAUGACUGGAACGGUGGUACACCCUUGCUCUAUGCUGUUCAUGGAAAUCAUGUGAAAUGUGUCAAAAUACUCUUAGUAGAACAUGGUGCUGAUCCAACUGUAGAAACUGAUUCUGGAUAUAAUUCCAUGGAUCUUGCUGUAGCCUUGGGCCAUCGUAGCGUUCAACAGGUUAUUGAGACUCAUUUAUUAACACUCCUUCAAAACAUCAAGGAAUAAUAUUAUAGCCGUUAAGGAAUAGGUGAAGAAAUGGACUUCAUUUGAAUACUGAUCAACAUGGACUUGGAUUUUUUU